AUGCAGUUAUUUGUAUCGGAUACGAUUCAUUGAACCAUAUCAUAAUAUAAAAAAUGCAGACGUUACGGAAUACUGGAAGAUUUCGUCCAGAUCGAAAGGAAAAUAAAUCAAAUAAUGUUACACCAAAUCUAAAAGAUCUAAGAGAAAAUUCAGCAGAAGGUAGAUUGGUGCAAGCAAAGGAAAACUUAAGAUUGGACGCCUUAUAUGGCUUUCACAGAGUGACCGAUGUCAAAGAGAGAACAGGAUAUCUUAUAAACAUGCACUCCACUGAAAUUAUAGAAGAUGACAGACAAUUAGUCAGUGGAGUGGAUUAUUACUUUUUAGAAGAAGAUGGUACACGUUUUAAAGUUUCCGUACCCUAUCAGCCAUACUUUUAUAUUUUAUGUCGUAAGAAUACAUUUGAAGAAGUAUCAACGUUUUUAUUUAAAAAAUUCAAUGGAAUCGUUUUAAAGAUUGAGACUGUUUCCAAGGAAGAUCUGGAUUUGCCUAAUCACUUAACUGGUCUGAAACAAAAAUACUUAAAAUUGUCAUUCUCUAAUUUGACCAACUUGAUGAGGGUAAGACGUGAGAUUACGUCUGCAGUAAAAGCCAACAAAGCACGUGAAAAGAGUCACACAUAUUACACUGAUUUAUUAGCAUCUUCUUUAAAUCCUUAUGAUCAGCAGACUAACAAAAGACUUUCUGACAAUAUGGAUAGUGUUUUAGACAUCAGAGAACACGACGUGCCGCAUCAUGUACGCGUAUCUAUAGAUACAAAAAUAUUUGUUGGAGCGUGGUAUACAGUAGAGACUCGUGGAUCAGAGCCCCCAAUUAUUCGUCGGAGAGAAGAUAUAAUUGAAACACCAGAACCCAUAGUAUUAGCAUACGAUAUAGAAACAACAAAGCUACCGUUAAAAUUUCCUGAUGCAACCACUGAUCAAAUUAUGAUGAUAUCAUACAUGAUAGAUGGCCAGGGAUAUUUAAUAACGAAUCGAGAAAUCAUUUCAACGGACAUAAAAGACUUUGAAUAUACUCCAAAACCAGAAUUCGAAGGUUUCUUCACAGUUUUCAAUGAACCUAACGAAAAGGCCACAAUACAAAAGUUCUUUGAUCACAUAAAUGACGUAAGACCUCAUAUAUUUGUAACGUAUAACGGAGAUUUUUUCGAUUGGCCAUUCGUGGAAACCAGAGCAGCAGUACACAAUAUGGAUAUGAAAGAGAGAAUUGGAUUCGCACAAAGUAGAGAUGGAGUUUAUGCAAGUAGAGCAGCCAUUCACAUGGACUGUUUGUCGUGGGUAAAACGUGACUCGUAUCUCCCGGUUGGAUCACACGGCCUAAAAGCCGUAGCCAAAGCAAAGCUACGUUAUAAUCCAAUAGAAGUUGAUCCAGAAGAUAUGUGUAGAUAUGCAUCGGAAGAACCCGAAAUGUUAGCAAAUUAUUCAGUGUCCGAUGCAGUGGCGACAUUUUAUCUUUACCACCAAUACGUGCAUCCUUUUAUUUUUGCACUGUGCACUAUUAUUCCUAUGGAACCGGAUGAGGUACUCCGUAAAGGAUCUGGCACUCUCUGCGAAUCUCUUCUCAUGGUUGAAGCUUUCCACGCAAAUAUUAUAUUCCCAAAUAAGCAAGAGACUGAAUUAAAUAAGCUUACAAAGGAUGGACACGUUUUGGACCAAGAAACAUAUGUAGGAGGUCAUGUAGAGGCUCUCGAAUCUGGUGUAUUUCGUGCCGAUAUUCCUUGCCGUUUCAAAAUAAUACCAAAAGCAGUGGAUCAGUUGAUAGACGGUAUCGAAAGCACCUUAAAACAUGCUAUAGAGGAGGAGGAAAAAGUUCCAUUGAGUACGGUAACAAAUCUGCAGGAAGUAAUUGAGGAGAUCAAAGCAAAAUUAGUAUCUCUAAAAACACAGCCAUUCAGACUUGAACAUCCCGUGAUUUAUCAUUUAGACGUAGGCGCCAUGUAUCCUAAUAUUAUAUUAACUAACAGAUUACAACCAUCUGCUAUGGUUAAUGAAACUAUAUGUGCAGCUUGCGAUUAUAAUAAGCCUGGUGCCUUAUGUCAGAGGAAUAUGAAGUGGACCUGGAGAGGAGAGUACAUGGCUGCUGGUUACGGUGAUUUUCAAAGAAUACAGCAACAAUUAGAAAUGGAAAGGUUUCCUCCAAAAUUUCCUGACGGACCUCGUAGAGCUUUUCAUGAGCUGUCGCGCGAGGAACAGGCUAUGUACGAGAAGAAAAGAUUAACCGAUUAUUGUAGAAAAGCUUUCAAAAAACCCAAAAUAACAAAAAUGGAGGAGAGAACGCAAACUGUUUGUCAGAAGGAAAAUUCAUUCUAUGUGGAUACUGUAAGAGCCUUUAGGGAUCGUCGAUACGAAUACAAAGGCUUAACGAAGGUAGCAAAGCAGCAAGUAGCAGCUGCUGUAAAAUCUGGUGAUGCUGGUGAAAUAAAAUCAGCAAAAAAUCGAGAAGUUCUUUACGAUUCUCUUCAGCUCGCUCACAAGUGUAUUCUGAAUUCCUUUUACGGAUAUGUCAUGAGAAAAGGUUCGCGAUGGCACAGUAUGGAAAUGGGUGGAAUUGUCUGUCAUACUGGCGCUACUAUUAUUAUGAAAGCUAGAGAAAUUAUCGAACAAGUAGGACGACCUCUGGAAUUGGACACUGAUGGUAUUUGGUGUGUACUCCCAGCAUCAUUUCCUGAUAACGUUAUUAUCAAGAGUGAACAUUCAAAAAAACCAAAGAUCAACAUCUCAUAUCCAAAUGCCGUACUGAACUUUAUGGUGAAGGAUCAAUUCACGAAUGAUGUUUAUCACGAGUUGGUGGAUCCGGAGAAUCUAGAUUACACAAUCAGAAGUGAAAAUUCAAUCUUCUUCGAAGUUGACGGUCCUUAUCUGGCAAUGGUUUUGCCCGCCGCAAAAGAGGAGGGCAAAAGAUUGAAGAAACGUUAUGCUGUUUUUAAUUUUGAUGGAUCUUUAGCCGAAUUAAAAGGUUUCGAAGUGAAGAGAAGAGGCGAGCUUCAACUGAUAAAAAUCUUUCAAUCGUCAGUAUUCGAAGCCUUUCUCAAGGGAAAAACUUUGGAAGAAUGUUACGCGUCUGUUGCUAAAAUUGCUGACUAUUGGCUCGAUGUAUUGUACAGUAAAGGUGCAGACAUACCGGAUUCUGAUCUAUUCGAUCUGAUCUCUGAAAAUAAAUCAAUGUCCCGCAAGUUGGAGGACUACGGAGGACAGAAAUCGACGUCCAUUACAACGGCAAAGAGAUUGGCUGAGUUUUUAGGAGAUCAGAUGGUCAAGGAUGCAGGCUUAGCUUGUAAAUUUAUAAUAUCCAGGAAGCCUCAAGAUUCUCCGAUUACGGAACGAACAAUACCAGUUGCCAUAUUUCAGGCGGAGCCCAGCGUAAAGAAACAUUACUUACGUAAAUGGCUAAAAGAUUCGAGUUUGCAAAACUUUGAUAUACGUCAUAUAUUAGAUUGGAAUUACUAUAUUGAGAGACUCGGUAGUGUAAUUCAAAAGAUUAUCACCAUACCAGCAGCGAUGCAAGGGCUCGCGAAUCCUGUUCCAAGAGUACAGCAUCCGGACUGGUUGCAUAAAAAGUUGCUCGAGAAAAAUGAUGUCAAAAGACAACGUACAAUCACGGAAUUAUUCAGCGUGACACCCAAGCCUACUACUUCUGAUAGUAAUACUGCGAAUGAGGAACCAAGAGACAUUGAAGAUAUAGCUGGGGUAUCUAAUAACUUCCGACGUCCGAUGUGCACCGUGAACAAAAGAAAAAGAAUUCCAUCAGCGGAGGAGGAAGACAAUAAUAAGAGUUGGAGGGAGGUUUUAGGUCCACCGCCUCCUAUGGGAAAAACAAAAGAAGAAAAACAAGAGUGGAUAGCGUACCAUAAAAAGAAGUGGGCUUUUCAAGCUAAGCAAAGAGGUGAAAAAAGAAAGAGCAAACGAAGUAGAACGGAUGUAGAGAAAAGUAGAGGUACUGGAGGUGUUGUACGAAAUCAUAACAUCGCUACUGUUAGUGGCUUCUUGAAACGAGCUCAAAGAAUAUUAUUCGAGACGCCUUGGCAAAUAGUUCAGAUUGUAGAAACCAACGAACCGGGUCUCUUCAGAUUAUGGGCGCUUGUUGGCACGGAGCUACAUCAAUUGCGACUUAUUGUGCCUCGUAUAUUUUACAUAAAUAGUCGCAAAGAGAGGCCUGAUCCAGGACCGAGUGAUUCUUGGAAAAAAUGCUCCAGGAUAUUACCUCGAUCGCGUAAAGUGUAUCAUCUCUAUCAAUAUACCGUGCCUGAAGAACUUUAUAGAAAACACAGUCAGGAAUUGAUGGAGGACUUAUCAAAACCAGACGUUGAAGGAAUAUAUGAAACGCAAAUGACUUUAGAAUUUCGAGUGAUUUUACAAUUAGGAUGCAUCUGCACUGUGGACAGAAAUGAAGCACUCCAAAUGAAGGACGGCGCAGAUACUUUCAAUUUGGAGCAAUUAACAUUCAAAAGUAUCUCUACGCAACCAUAUUUGAAGGAGCCAGGAGUUAUGAAACACAUUUUCCUGUAUCACCAUUGGACGUCAAAUCGUCAAAAAGCAAUGUGGGGUCUAUUCUUAGGACCAACCAAAAAAGGCCAUGUUUUUGUAUUGGACACAGUCAAAACAAAUCAGAUGCCUAAUAUGAAUACGUUAUACAUUAAUGAGAGGAAUGCGAUGAUUCAGAAAAAUCUGGAACGUUGCGUAAAGGAUUUACCUGAAACGAUGCGAUUCGAGGUCACAGUAGAAACAAAUAUUAGAUUCAUCCGGCGUACGUUGCAGAAUGCGUUACAAGCAUAUAAGAAUGAAAUGAAAGGAGCAACACUAAUAGCAGUACAAUCACCAAUGGAUAUGUCAACGUUAACAAACGAGAUGCCGGUGCUAAAUGAUUUCCCAUUAGUAAACACACAUGUUCAAGAUGUUGAGAAUUUAUUCCAUACACUCGAUUGGCAAAGAGUAGUUUCAAAAUGCAUGAUCCAUCAUUACUUUAAGAUGGAACAAAUUCUGGAUUUGAUGGCAGAACAAAGUCGAUUCUUUCAUGCACCAAUUGGAAAUAUACCAGCUGAUCAAACACUGUUUGGUGCUGAUUUAUUCUACGCUAGACACUUGCAGAAACACAAUUUUAUCCUAUGGUGUUCAGCAACUGAGAGACCUGACUUGGGCGGUAGUGAAAAUGACGAUAACAGACUGUUGACGGAUUUUGCUGAGAGCUCAAGUUGUGCAGCUAAUAACGCUGGAAGCUAUUCAAGUGUAUGCAUAGAAUUGGAUGUUGAAAGUUUGGCUGUCAAUACUUUACUACAAUCUCAUCGAAUUAAUGAAAUAGAUGGUACAGCAUCAUUCGGUGCAUUCCAUAAUAUUCCACAGGCAACUUUGCAGGAAAUGGUAACAGGGGAUUCAACAACAGCAACAAUACCUAGCUAUGAUGAGACAGCACUUUGUAGUGCAGCAUUUAAAGUAUUGAGAAGUAUGGUCAAUGCAUGGCUACGUGAUGUGACUGUCUACAGAAAUGUAUUUGCUGAUUAUCAGAUCAUUCACUUUUAUCGAUGGUUGCGCUCGCCAAAUGCAUUACUCUAUGAUCCGGCAUUGCGUCGUACGUUGUAUACGUUCAUGAGGAAACUAUUCGUGCAGCUCAUUGCUGAGUUUCAGCGACUGGGUUCUAUCAUUAUAUUUGCAAAUUUUAAUAAAAUUAUCCUCUGUACCAAAAAGAGGACCAUAACCGAUGCCGUAGGCUAUGUAGAAUUUGUCGUACAGUCAAUUAAGAAUAAGGAGUUGUUUCAUAGUAUUGAAAUCACUUACAACCAGUCCUGGGAAUUCUUAAUAUGGCUUGAUCUGGCAAACCAUGCUGGUGUCAGGGGAAAGGUACCAAAAAGUUUGGAACAGGAUGAGAGUGAAGGGAUUUUAAACGAAGAUCCUGAAGAAGAAGAGGAUGAUGAUACACCUGAGAUUGUUAUGAAUUGGAAUAUUAUGCAGUUCCUUCCUGAAGAGGCAUCAUGUCAAGCUAGUUUUAGUGCGAUUAUAGCUGGCUAUAUAAGUGCUAUUUAUCAGUUCAUGUGCGAAAGUGACAAUGCCAACAUGACUCCGCGACCGCGAAAAAGACGAAAUACCAGCCUAAGUCAAACAUUAACAAGGCCACUUGGAUUAGGGGCAUUAGAAAACACAUCUGAGUUUGCUAAAAGUCUUAUAAUGGGUGAAAUGUCUCAAAAACUUUUCCAAAUUGUUCAAAAAAUCUAUAAAAAAUUACCAGAGAAGGUUUUGACCUUUCAAGAAAAUCCAAAUUUGGAUUUAGGUGGACAUGAGAGUAUAAAAAUUAAUCCUGCACUAGAAUUGAUCAAGUCGAUAUGCAAGGUCUUAUCUUUGGAUAAAGAAGUGGAAGAGGAGGUGUAUGGUUUGCAAAGGAAUUUGUUACGCAUAAUUGGUGUAGGUUGUUUCAGCGACCAAGCAGAAUGGAAGGAUCCAUGUAUAUCGUUUAUAUUGCCAGAAGUGAUUUGCAAGGCAUGCAAUCACACGCGAGACAUAGACCUCUGCAAAGACACGUAUCGUGGCACCGAAGAGAACAAAGAAGUAUGGAAGUGCCCACUUUGUGAAAUGAGCUACGAUAACGAUGAAAUUGAAUUCUCUUUACUGGACAUAAUGAAUCGUAAAAGUAUGGCGUAUAUGCUGCAAGAUUUGCAAUGUGUCAAAUGUUUUGAAGUUAAGAGGGAUAACAUGAAUAUAAUUUGUUCAUGUGCUGGAAAUUAUAAGACUACGAUUACUAGGAAUGAAAUGUUACAAUUCGUUAAGACCGUAAAGUCGAUUGCUACAAAAUUUAAAAUGUAUGUUUUGUUAGAGGUUGUUAAUAGCUCCGCACUGCUUCCUACAUUGACUCCUUAAUCAUAUAGAUAUGUUUUUUUAAAUAAAACUGUGAUUGUAUUAUUUUGCUAUGAAA